AUCUAGGUUUAGCAUUCCCUCAUAUAUUACACUCAUACCACUUAUAUAUUGCCUAAUCUAGGCUAAGCUUUAGCAUUUCCUUUUAACAUAAUAACAAAAGAAAAGAGGGAGAAUGGAGUUUAGCUUUGUUAAGAUUGAGCAAUACCUUAAUUCCUUCAAAUCAUCCAAUGCUUUUUUACCAACAACUUUGUUCAUUCUCUUAGUACUCAUUUUUUACCUUAAGUCUAAGAAAAGAACUAUCUACCUCUUAGACUAUGCAUGCUAUAAACCUCCACCAACACUACGAGUCCCAUUUUCAACAUUUAUUGAGCAUGCUAUGAUAGUCUUUAAAGACAAUCCAAAAGUUGCGCGUUUUCAAAUGCGUAUUCUUGAGAGGGCGGGACUAGGAGAUGAGACGGGGCUUCCCCCCGCGCUACAAUUCAUACCUCCGGAACCCUCAUUUUCUCGGACACAUGAUGAAGCUCAUCUAGUCAUCUUUUCUUCUAUCGACGAGCUUCUUAAAAAGACCGGGGUUAGACCCAACAAUAUUGGCAUACUUAUCACUAAUUGUAGCAUUUUUUGCCCUACUCCGUCUUUGUCAUCUAUGAUAAUGAAUAAAUAUAAGCUAAGAAGUUGUACAAAAACUUUUAGCCUUUCGGGUAUGGGUUGUAGUGCUAGUGCAAUUUCAUUAGACUUGGCUAAAAGACUCCUACAAGUUAUGCCAAAUUCUUAUGCACUUGUUGUUAGCACGGAAAUCUUAACCCCUAAUUGUUACAUGGGUCUGGAACGGUCCAUGACCGUUCCAGGAUGCCUGUUUAGACUGGGUUGUAGCUCCCUUUUGUUAACUAACAAAAGGGAAGAAAGAUAUCGCGCCAAGUACCAACUCCUUCACACGAUUCGAACCCAUAUAGGGGCUAAUGAUGCAUCCUACACGAGUGUGAUGCAACAAGAAGACGAGGAGGGUAGAUUGGGAAUUGCACUAUCCAAGGACUUGUUGGUGGUAGCCGGGGAAGCACUCACGUUAAAUAUCACUACACUUGGGCCAUUAGUAUUGCCCUUAUCAGAAAAGCUUAAAUUUGCAUAUAAUUAUGUAGCCCGAAAAAUAUCUAGUCAUAAAAAAAUUAAGGCCUACAUACCAAAUUUUAACAAGGCAUUUGAUCAUUUUUGUAUCCAUGCGGGUGGUCGGGCCGUGAUUGAAGAGAUCCAAAAGGCGCUUCGUUUGUCGGCCCAAGAUGUGGAAGCUUCUAGAAUGAAUCUAUAUAGGUUUGGAAACACAUCAUCUUCUUCUAUUUGGUAUGAGUUGAGUUACAUAGAGGCUAAAGGAAAAAUGAAGAAGGGAGAAAGGGUUUGGCAAAUAGCAUUUGGAAGUGGAUUUAAGUGUAAUAGUAUAGUUUUGAAGUGUAAUAGAAAUAUUGAUCCAAAAAUUGAUGGGUUUGGGCCUUGGAAGGAUUGCAUUCAAAUGUAUCCUAUGGAUGUUCCGGAAAUUCGGAAGUUAUAAAUUGUAGGAAGAAAAGUUUGGUAAAAUGUUUGCCAACUUUAGGAAUUGCAUUGCUCAUUUACUUACCAAAAAAUGUAAAAUGGGCCAUUUUUAAGUAUUGUUUGUUGACUUGCUAUUAUAAAUUUAGUACUCCUAUGUUUCU